AUUCCUUUUUCCCUAAACUAAAAUAUUAUUGGCUGAGGAAAUGGAAAAAACGCAUUAGAAGCUGAAUUCGCUAAAUUAAAUUUCAACAAACUGCUUUACCAAAAAAAAAAAAAAAAACAAAUUUCAACAAACUGUGUGCUGAGUAUCUGCAACGUGUUUUUCUCAUUCAUGGUUUUCUGAUUAUCAUCCAUCAUCAUCAGCAGAAUCUCGCGCUCAGUUUUUUUUUCCAUGAUCAGUAAGAAUGGAAGUAGUAGUUCCUAGACAAGAACAGUCAAAUCAACAUCCCGAGGAUAAUUUGAAGUUUUCGGGAUGCUCAAAAGCUUUUGGAAAUUCAAAGAGAAAGGCUGAAGAGUGUGGUGGUAAUGAGAAACCAGAACAAGAACCAGAAGGGGAACAAAAUAUUAUGGAAUGUUUGAAGGAGGCUGCAGUUGCACAAGAAGAACAGUUAAAGCAGGAUGCUAACAUUAAGCCGGACAAAAUCCCAAGAUGCUCAAAAGAUUUUGGAAUUUCAUAUAAGAGAAGAUUUCAAGAAUAUCAUACACAUCAUACCGAUACAAAUGCAGAAGGGGAAAAAGACGUGAUGGAAUGUUUAAAGGAGACACUCAAUCUCCCAUCUAAGAAAGGAAUUGAGCCAAAAAAGCAUGCUGUCAAAAACAAGAAAUGGGAACUUGAAGAUGAUUUAUUGAUGGACGAGUUUGAGCAAGAUGAAGAAAUGUUUUUUCUUCUUAAGACAAAGAACAGGAGCAGAGCUGGUAGAAUUGAUAACACAACGCAGGGUGUUCAACAAAAUACUCGUAAAUGUCAUCAGUGCAUGAAAAAGGAAAGAACAUCUUUUGUGCCUUGUACUAAAUGUUCAAAAAUGUACUGUAUGCGAUGCAUCAAUCAGUGGUACCCUGAUAUGUCUAUAGAAGAAGUUACUGAAAGCUGCCCAUUUUGCCUUAAAAAUUGCAAUUGCAAUGUUUGCCUGCGCUCGAAAGGAACAAUUAAGACAUCUACAAUGGAUAUCACCAAUUACGAAAAAGCUCAGUAUCUGCAUUACAUGAUCAACUUACUCCUUCCAUAUCUGAAACAAAUUUGUCAAGAACAAAGUCAAGAGGAAGACAUUGAAGCUAAAAUUCUAGGAAAAUCUUCUUCUGAGAUUGAGAUACCGCAAAAUCUUUGUGGAGAUAAUGAACGAGUCUAUUGUGAUUAUUGUGCUACUUCAAUUAUUGACCUUCAUCGGAGCUGCCCCAACUGUUCCUACGAGCUUUGCCUUCAAUGUUGCCAAGAAAUACGCGAUGGAAGCAUUACUCCCCGGGCUGAGAUGAAGUUCCAAUAUGUGAAUAGGGGCUAUGAUUAUAUGCAUGGUGGUGACCCUCUACCAGUGUCUUGUGAUUUAGAGAUUUCAGAUGGUAAUCUUGAAGUAUCUACCAAGUGGAAUGCCAAGAGUGAUGGAAGUGUUAGUUGUGUCCCAAAGGAGAUGGGGGGUUGUGGUAGUUCUGUGUUGGAGCUGAGGCGCAUCCUCCCCCAUGGGUGGAUGUCUGACUUGGAAGGAAAAGCUCACGAUAUGCUGAAAAUUUGGGAAGUUGAACAACAAACUUUUCAGCAGGAAGAAGCUGGAUCCAGCUACAACUCUAUGAGAAAGGAAUCCUUUACAGGAGGCACAAAUGAGAGUAACAUAUACUGUUCAGAGUCAAGAGACAUUUUAAGAGAAAGGAUGUUGCUCUUCCAAAAACAUUGGACUAAUGGUGAACCAAUUAUAGUUCGUGAUGUUCUAAAACAGGGGACAGGUCUGAGCUGGGAGCCAAUGGUCAUGUGGCGAGCAUUGUGUGAUAAUGUGGCUUCAGAUAUCAGUUCAAAAAUGUCAGAAGUGAAGGCCAUUGAUUGCAUGGCUAACUGUGAGGUUGCAAUUAAUACUCGUCAGUUCUUUAAAGGUUAUAUAGAGGGAAGAACAUAUGAAAAUCUCUGGCCAGAGAUGCUCAAGCUAAAAGACUGGCCCCCUUCUGAUAAAUUUGAAGAUCUUUUGCCCCGUCAUUGUGAUGAAUUUAUUCGUUUCUUGCCAUUUCAACAGUACACUGAUCCUCGAGCUGGAAUACUUAACCUGGCUGUAAAGUUGCCAGCCCAUGUCCUAAAACCUGAUAUGGGUCCAAAAACAUAUAUUGCUUAUGGGAUUACAGAAGAACUUGGUAGGGGGGACUCUGUAACAAAGCUUCACUGCGAUAUGUCAGAUGCGGUGAACAUUUUGACCCAUACAGCAGAGGUAUCAUUAACUGAUGAGCAACACACUACUAUUUCCAAACUGAAAGAAGCACACAAGGCACAAGAUGAGAGAGAACACUGUGCUCCAGACUAUGCUGCUGUAUGCCUAAAUGGUCGACCUUGCGACGACCGAGAAUGUAUAGAAAAUAAGGAAGUAUUAGAAUGCAAAGAUAUGGAUAACCAUCCUAUUGUAAUCAGUGGGGAUAUCUUUCAAAAUGACGUGUCUGAGGACACUUUUCCUGCUAUUUGUACAGAAAAUGAAACAAUGGUAACAAGUAGUGCCUUGUGGGACAUAUUUCGGAGAGAGGAUACUGAAAAGUUAGGAGCAUAUCUUCGAAAACACUCGAAUGAAUUCAGGCAUACUUAUUGUUCACCGGUUGAACAGGUUGUACAUCCAAUUCAUGACCAAUGUUUUUAUUUGACUUUGGAGCACAAGAAGAAGUUGAAGGAGGAGUUUGGUGUAGAACCGUGGACUUUUGAGCAAAAACUUGGAGAGGCAGUAUUUAUUCCUGCUGGAUGCCCACAUCAAGUCAGGAAUCUCAAGUCAUGCACAAAAGUUGCUGUAGACUUUGUGUCCCCAGAAAAUGUCCGUGAGUGCCUUCGCUUAACUGAAGAAUUCCGCCAGCUUCCCAAGAACCACAAAGUUAGAGAAGAUAAACUUGAGAUAAAGAAGAUGAUAGUCUAUGCCGUUGAUCAAGCUGUCAAAGAGCUAAAAGCUUUACUCGGUUGUUCUUGACUGGCUGAAUGCUGCUUGAAGAAAGCUACUUCAUUUUUCCCUGGUUGGUGGGAGUGUAUGUCUAGAUAGAAUUUUUUUAAUAUGGAAUGUUCAUUUGGAGGGUUUAAUGACACUCGAAAUAGAGUUACAUUUUAGACAAUUUCACAAAGUCUGUGUUUAUUACUUUUUUUGUUUAAAAAAAGUAAUAAACUGAGAAAUUUUCAAUAGAAAUACUACUGAAUAAUUAUGGUAUUCAUGCCAAAAGAAAAUACAUGCGUUAUAUUAGACAUUA